AUGGCGGUCUCGGCGGGCGCCAAGAAGGCAGGGACCGAGGCGCUGCGGGCCGCUGGUGCGGACGUCUCAGACGACGAGGUCGCGGGGCUCGUCCUGAAGGUGCGAUCGACGUUGAACGCGGGGCGGGCCCCCCGCUCGAAGCUGGACGAGGCGCGACGGCUGGAGGCAGCGCUGGACCCGGUGGCCGUCCGCCUGGCUUUGGGGAACCCUGAGGUCCCGGGCUCCGAGAUGGCCGAGGCCCUCUGGGGGUUCACAGAGGCCGCCACGUUCUCCACUCAGGCGGAGAGUCGGAUUCGACGAGUAGCCGCCGACACCGACGGCUGGGAGAAGGUCGCGGACCGGAUCUGGGCCCGUGCCGUCGGCGAGGACGGGGACACGCUGCCCGUCGACUGGGUGCUGCACCUGGGCAUCGGUCUCUUCCUGUCCAGCCUGGUGGUGGUGCUGUGGGCCGACUCCGGGCGGCACCGCCUGGCGGGCGCGGCAGUGGGGCUGUGCGGGACCUCCCUGCUCGUGCGGCGCGUGCCCGAGCGUGUGACCGCCUGGUGGGCGCGCUGGGGGCGGCGCUCGGCUUUCGCCGCGGCGCUCAGCAGCGGCGGGGACGGCCUGGACCUCGCUGCCGCCGAGGACGACGGCGCGGCCUGGGGCGCUCAGGGAGCCCCGACGCCCAAGGGGAGCUGCGCGGCGACCGCGGAGGCACCUACGGGCCCGCUGCUCCCGCCUGGGCUCGCGGCGCUCCCGCCUCCGCCGUGGGCCCCACCUGCCGAGGGCGCGGGCGCGGUUGCCGCGACGGCGAAGCCCGGCUCGCAGGACCUGGCGGCGCUGCGGGCUUUCGCCCAGGGGAGCGAGGUGCCAGGCCCCUUCAGCCAGACGGCGGCCCUGCAGCAGCAGCAGCAGCAGCAGCAGCAGCCGCAGCCGCCGCCUGAGGGGGCCGUGCCAGCGGCUGGGCUCAGCAUCCACGCGCCUCACGCUCCUGCCGAUGCUGUGAAGCUAGGGCGAGAGGUGCAGAUGGUGGGGGCCACGCUCCGCGAGUUCCAGGCGCAGGCUGCCACGAACGUUUACUGGGCCUGGCACUUCUGGGAGAGAAUCGCGGCCGUGGACGGUACCCAGGGGCUGCACCCUGACCUGCGACGAGUGCUGCAGACCCACGGCUACGUGGGCGCGGGGACGAAGUCCCCGCCAGGAGGGUCGCUGCCGCAGGAGCUGGACGCGCUGCUCUCCUCUGCCACGGCGCCGCACGGCGCGGGCAUGCAGGCCUCCCCCGGUUGGGCCUUGGCCCCGCAGACCCAGCAGCAGCAAGAGGACAGCCGCUGGAACCUGAGCCUCCCGCCGGAUCUGAGGCGCGCGGCGCCGGAGAUCUACCGCACCAUGCGGGGAGCGGGGGCGGCCAGCGCACGCGACUGGCUGUCGCAGGAGGUGACGGGCCAGCGGCACACGCCGGUCUGGACCGAACUGUGGACCGCCGCCACCAACGUGGACUACUUGCUGGGCGGGUGUAAGACUCAGUCCGAGCUGCUCACCCGCCUGGCGUCCGACGACGCGCUGGAGCUGCACUUGAGGCGGCUGGCGAGCUACGUCUACGAGAUGCGGACGAAGGACAAGCUGGGGGCGGCGGCAAUGUUGGCUGUUCGCCCGCCCGGGUCGGCCGCCGACUUGGCCCCCACCUGGCUGGUGACCGAGGCCACGACCCACAGCAAGGCUGAGCACCAGCGCGACGAGAGGGUCCACGGCGCCAGCAAGCGCGACGGCCGAGGUGCCCCGCCGCCGCGGGUGCAGCCUGAAAUGCCAGUGAUGGGUUUGCCUGGCUCGCUGACGCGAGCCCUGCAGUGGAAGGAGGCCGAGGCCCGGUUGAGGACGCGCUGGGCUCGACGCAUGCGUGUGUGGCGUCGGGCCUGCGGGCUCAUCGAGCUCAUGAAUGGGAUGGACCGCGGAUCCCUGGAGGCGAGACCAGCGGGCCAGCGCGAGUCGAGCGACGACGAGAUGAUGCUGGCCUGGCAGCUCGUGCAGCAGUACGCGCUACAGGACGCGGCGCGGUACGAGCGCGACUGCCGGGGGCUUGCCCCGACAGGCGGUCAAGGGACGGAUCUUGCCUGCGACAGAGGACCGCAGGACGCCUACACUGGAGAGCGCAAGGGUGCGAGCAGGCACGUGACGAUGUGCGCAGCGGCGGUGGCAGAGCCGCCUGAUGACAUGGUCGUGGACCUGCUGGAGGCGCUGCCCGACGGCGAGCGCCAGUAUUAUUCGGACGAGCGGAACGUGCUGGACUACAGCGGCAAGUCAGGGGUCAUCUUCGAGGAGCUGGAGGACGGGGGGCUGGAGGAUGGCGACUGCGUGGAUGCCGGACCUGAGGACGCUCAGCAGCACCGCUACGACGACGACUGGCUCGGGCAGCAGUCCAGCUGCCGCGCCGCGCCGCCUAGCCCGGCGGGCUACAGCGUGGCAGAGUGGAUAGAGGCCGUGAAGCGGGCGAAGAGAGCGGACGAGCGGGUGAUGGUGGUGAUGCAUCUCUUCGCUGGCCGUCGGCGGCGUGGGGACGUUCAGGAGGUGGUAGAGAGGCUGGCGAAGGAGCGGAACUUGAGGGUGCUCUUCCUUUCCGCCGAUCUCCUGGACGACCCGCGGUGGGACCUGGCCAACCCCUCCACUUUCUCCGCCUUGAUGGAGUUGUGCGAGGGCGGCUGGGUGGACAUCGUGCUGGGCGGCCCGCCCUGUUCGACCUGGUCGCGGGCGCGCUACAAUCGUCGCCGACCUGGCCCGCCGCCGGUGCGCUCGCGGCUGUGCCCCUGGGGUCUGCCAGGUCUCAAGGCCUGGGAGGCCGCGAGAGUCGCGGAGAGUAACACCCUGGCGCUAAACUUGUUGGCGCUCUGCGAGGCGCGCGGCCAGAGUGGCGGCGCCUUCCUCAUCGAGCACCCGGAGGACCCAGGGCACGCGCCCUACCCAUCCAUCUGGAACACGAAUGAGAUGCUGGACUUCGAGACGAGGCGCUCGUCUCGGAGAGCGCGCUUGGACCAGUGCAUGCUGGGCGGACGGACGAAGAAGCCCACGUGCCUGAGCGGCACGCUGCAGGGGCUGGAGGACCUGAAUGAGCUGCGGCGCGACGGGUCCCACGUCCACGAGUCGGCCGAGGGCAAGUUGGCCGACGGCACCUUCCGCACGAGCCCGCUGGCCCAGUACCCCGAGGGGAUGUGCGAGUCGCUGGGCAUCUUGAUUGUCCGGACCUUGGCCAUCUUCGAGCAGACCGGCUUGGGCGGCACCGGGUGGCGAAGGCCGCCAGAGGCCGACAGGGCGGUCACAGCAUGGGGCUCGCGGAGCACUACGGCACCAGCGGUGGCCGUGCGGAACGAGGACGUGCUUCGCGGCCGCGGGCUGGUGCUGGACGGGCCGCAGAUGGCCUUCUACCUGCACGUCGACGACGGCGUGGUGAUGGCAGGGGGCAGCGGCUGCGGCCCACGGGCCACUGGGAAGAUGCACCAGCUGGCGGGCGCCUUGGCCGAGGCCGGCUUCGUGGUCACCGACCGCACGGAGGCCAGCGACAUGCAGAAGGUGCUGGGCUACGCACCACAGGCGCGUCCAGCGCAGCUGCGCUUGCCUCCGAAGAGGGCACGGGAGCUGGUGCAGCAGCUGGAGGCGAUGGGCGCCACCCGCACCCUCCACACCGAGGAGCUGCGCUCGCUCUUGGGGGCGUGGAUCUGGGGCGCACUGCUGCGGCGCGAGCUGCUCUGCAUACCCAGCGCCGUCUUCAGGCUCCUGGAGAGGUACCCGCACCAGCGGGUGAGCACCUGGGCGACCGUCCGCAGGGAGCUGCGGGCCAUGGCUAGGGUAGUCCCGUUGAUGUACGCUGACCUGGGAGCCCCGCCAGCGCCCGUGUAUUUCGCGGCGGACGCCAUGGGCGCCAACGUGGAGGACGACGGCGGCUGGGGGAUCCUGGCGACCGACAUGAGCGAGGACAUCGCGAAGGACGUCAUCGACACGGGCGGCAACUUGGGCUACGCCGUGGCGAGGCUGGACGGCGAGCUCACUGGAUUGCGGCGCCCCGAGCAGGUCAUCAGACGGACGAAGCCCUUCAGCCUCCUGCCCGAUCGCGUUUUCAAGCCCGACGAGGACUGGACGAUCGUAGGAGCGGGCAGGUGGCGGUCGGCCGACCACAUCACGCUGGGCGAGGGGCGCUGCGUCGUGAAGAUCAGCAGGCUGGCGGCCGCCACUCCUGCCCUUCACCGCACCGUGCUGCCGAUCCUGGAGGACAACCAGCCCGUCUCAGGUGCGGUAAGCAAGGGCAGGUCCCCGGCGCACCUUUUGAACCACCUGUUGCGUCAGAAGACCGCAGCAGGAAUGGCAUCUCGCACAAAGAUUUUGAUUCCAUGGGUGGAGACGCUCAGGCAGCCCUCUGAUAAGAUAUCGAGGUGCCUGACUCGUGCUGAGCUCAGCGGCCUACCUCGUGUCGGGGCCGAGGAAGCUGGACAGCACUUCUGUUGA